CCGUUGUUGUAAUUAACGGGCUCGCCCUCGAAUAUUCGCAUCAGCAAACUCCGCUAGGACGGACGUACAAGCCCUUUGCUCCAGAAAUAGAAUCGCAACAACUAGGAUGGCCCCAAAGGUACCGUCGGUGCGGCUGAACAAUGGACUGGAGUUUCCUGUCCUAGGCUUGGGUACCUACCUGGCGACCGAAGAGGAAGGUAUCGAAGCGGUUAAAACGGCAAUCGACGAGGGCUAUCGCCAUAUCGAUACGGCGUACUUUUAUCAAAACGAGAGUCAAGUUGGCCAGGGGGUGCGUGCUAAGAUCGCGGAAGGCGUAAUCAAGCGUGAGGAUAUGUUCAUCGUUACCAAGGUCUGGAAUACUUUCCACGCACCGGAGCAUGUUGAGCAAGCGUUCCAGCGAUCCCUCGAUAAUCUCGGCCUGGACUACAUCGACCUGUAUCUGGUGCACUGGCCGAUGGGCUGGGAAUUUUCGGGUUGGGCACCGAGCGAUUUUAUGCCGACCGAUGAAGCCACCGGUAAGACGAUCAAUUCGGAUGUGGACUAUCUCGAUACAUGGGCGGCGAUGGAGCGGUUGCUGGAGACGGGCAAGGUGAAGAGCAUCGGUGUUUCGAACUUUAACAGCGAGCAGUUGACGCGUCUGCUCGCUAAUUGCAAGGUCAAACCGGUUACCAACCAGGUCGAGUGCAAUCCGAGCAUCAAUCAGCGCAAACUAAUUGAGUUCUGCCGGAAGCAUGACAUCGUCAUUACGGCAUACAGUCCGUUGGGGCGUCCGAAUCUAACUGAUCCGGUUGUUGGUACCGAGGGCAUCCCCAAGCAUGCGCUCGACGAUCCGAGAGUGAUCGACAUCGGCAAGAAGUACGGUAAAACUCCUGGCCAGGUUGUGUUGCGCUAUCUGAUCGAAUUGGGCACGGUGCCGAUCCCGAAAUCAUCGCGGCUGGAGCGCAUCCGCCAGAACAUUAACAUCUUCGACUUUCAGCUGACCGCCGAUGAGAUCAAAGUGAUGGACGGAUUCCACACUGGCGGCCGAACGGUGCCGUUCAAGUUCAGCAGUGAUCAUAAAUACUUCCCAUUCAAGCUGGAAUACUGAUAAAGCGAUGAGGCGCACAAUGCGCGUGAUGAUAAGAGCACAGCAUCGCGCGAGGAGCAGAUUGGAUGUUGGUGCGCGAUUGAUGGACCAUAACGGCACCCCGGAUAUGAUGGGACCAUAAAGCGCUGCAGCUGAGGGAGAACCGAUUAAUUGUUUUAUUUGGUUUCCAAUAAAGGCGAUUCGUUUGUUAAGUGUA